AUGGUUUAUUUUAGGUCAAGUUUAGUAGAUAUUCUAAUGAUACUUGUUCUAUGUUUGAGUGUGUUUUCCAAAUAUGGAGCAGGAGAAAACUAUACUAAUGUGUCAGAAGAAGAAAUUAUAGAGAUUGAAAAACAACUCAAGAUUCUCAAUAAACCACCAAUCAAGACGAUAAUCACUAAAAUGGGUGAUACUAUAGAUUGCAUCAACAUCUAUGAACAACCUUCUUUCGAUCAUCCAUCACUUAAAAAUCAUAAGAUCCAGUAUGUAUCUGUAGAAACACCACUGAACACACGGACGAUAUAUCAUGGAGCUAUAGAUAGCUUUGGAAUUCAUACUCCAUCUGUAACUCCGGAUCAAUAUAGUACAUCUCAAAUGUGGAUUCAGAAUGGGGAGGCAGAACAAACAAAUAUCAUUGAAGGCGGAUGGGCUGUAUACCCGGAACUUUUCGGUGAUCAUGCUACCAGAUUUUUUACCCAUUGGACAAUAGGUUCUCAAAUUCUAUUUGGUGCAGUUUUUAAUCCCCAAACAGCCUAUGGAACCGAAGUAUUGUCAACUGUGAAUAUGGAUGAAGAUACUCGUAAUUGGUGGAUUUAUAUUGGUGAUGACCAAAGAGCGCCCAUCAGGUACUGGCCAAGUGAAAUAUUCACUUAUCUUCCAGCCGCCUCAUUAAUCAGAUUUGGUGGAAUAGCGGGUGCAAGGAAAAAUACACCAAGUCCACCUAUGGGUACAAAAACCUAA